CCUGUCUGCUGCUUUGACUGUGUACUAUGUGACAGCGGCAAAAUUAGCAAUCAGACAAAUUCAAUAGAUUGUAAGUUUUGCCCUGAUGAUUUCUGGUCAAGCCAAGACAGAACUGCCUGCAUCCCAAAGAGGGUGGAGUUCUUGACCUAUGACUCCUUGGGUAUUGCCCUGACAGUGAUCUCUGUAGUGGGUGCUUGUCUGACCAUAGGUGUUUUAGUUGUGUUCUUCUACCACAAAAACACACCAAUUGUCCGUGUGAAUAACUCAGAACUCAGCUUCUUUAUUCUGUUGUCCUUGACAUUGUGUUUCCUAUGUUCUCUUGUUUUCAUUGGAGAGCCAACGUUUUGGUCCUGCAUGCUUCGUCACACUGCCUUUAGCAUCACAUUUUCACUUUGCAUCUCCUGCAUCCUGGGAAAGACUCUUGUGGUGUUGGCUGCUUCCACGGCUACCAGGCCAGGGGACAACAUUAUGAGGUGGUUUGGACCCAAUCAGCAGCGAGCUAUCAUCUUUAGCUGCACUCUUAUCCAGAUGGUAAKCUGUGCUGCCUGGCUUAUUGAUGCUCCACCUUAUCCAUCUAGAAACACCAAAUAUGAACGCUCAAAGAUUAUUCUAGAAUGCAGCGUUGGAUCUAGCUUUGCAUUUUGGUGUGUGUUAGGUUAUAUUGGUCUGCAGGCAUGUCUCUGCUUUGUACUAGCGUUUCUGGCUCGAAAGUUGCCCGGCAACUUCAAUGAGGCUAAGUUUAUCACAUUUAGCAUGUUGAUCUGCGCUGUGUGGCUGGCAUUUAUACCUGCCUACUUAAGCUCUCCUGGAAACUAUGCAGAUGCAGUGGAGUCAUUUGCCAUUUUGGCCUCCAGCUUUGGCUUGUUGUUCUGCCUGUUUGCUCCAAAGUGUUACAUUAUUUUACUCAAGCCAGAAAAAAAUACAAAACAACAUCUAAUGGGAAAGGAAAAGACAUAACACAUUACAUCUUGUUUAAAAAAAUGACAUUUAUAAUAAUUCAUUAWUAUUUUAUAUAGUCAAUUUCAAAUAUUAUUUUGUUGUAUUUUUUCCAUGUAAAUUAUAAAUUACUUUACAAUGUGUUUUGGUUUUGUAAAAUUAGC